UUCUUACCCCUUCGACGGUGGAGAAAAUUUUGUAGUACGUCGCGAGUAUUAAGUGCAAUAAAUGCAAUAAAAGGCCAGCUGGCGAGGAUCGGAACGAUUGAAAGCAGCCAACCGCAGAGGGGCCAGCAUCCGAGGCAGUGAAUCCGCGCAUCCGGCGGAGCGAAGGGACGAGAACCGUAGAAGCGAGUUUCCAUCCGCACACGGACACGGCGCAGACACACACAGGCGCACGCAGCCCGUGCCCAUCGAUGAAAUAACAUACAUAACGAACGUAUACCGAAAAUACACGGGUUACGGGCAAAUAGCAGUUGCACAAAUCGGCGGAUAAUCGAAAUUCGGGGAGCAGAGCAACCGGGCCAUCAAUAUGUCGGAUAUUAUGAACAUCGACAGCAUUAUCUCGCGUCUGCUGGAGGUGCGCGGUGCACGACCGGGAAAGAAUGUGCAGCUAUCAGAGAGCGAAAUCCGCAGCCUGUGCCUCAAGUCCCGCGAGAUAUUCCUGUCACAGCCCAUCCUCCUGGAACUAGAGGCACCGCUGAAGAUCUGCGGCGAUAUACACGGGCAAUACUACGACCUCUUGCGUCUGUUCGAGUACGGCGGCUUUCCGCCCGAGUCGAACUACCUGUUCCUGGGCGACUACGUGGACCGCGGGAAACAGUCCCUGGAGACGAUAUGCCUGCUGCUGGCCUACAAGAUCAAGUAUUCGGAGAACUUCUUCUUGCUGCGCGGCAACCACGAGUGCGCCAGCAUCAACCGCAUCUACGGGUUCUAUGACGAAUGCAAACGUCGCUACACCAUCAAGCUGUGGAAAACGUUCACGGACUGCUUCAACUGCCUGCCGGUGGCCGCCAUCGUGGAUGAGAAGAUCUUCUGCUGUCACGGCGGCCUGAGCCCAGAUCUGUCGUCCAUGGAGCAGAUUCGGCGCAUCAUGCGCCCCACAGACGUGCCCGAUCAGGGCCUGCUGUGCGAUCUGCUGUGGUCCGAUCCGGACAAGGACACCAUGGGCUGGGGCGAGAACGAUCGCGGUGUGAGCUUCACAUUUGGAGCAGAGGUUGUGGGUAAAUUUUUACAGAAGCACGAAUUUGACCUGAUCUGUCGGGCCCAUCAGGUGGUGGAGGACGGUUAUGAGUUCUUCGCCAAACGUCAGCUGGUCACGCUCUUCUCGGCGCCCAACUAUUGUGGGGAGUUCGACAAUGCGGGUGCCAUGAUGUCCGUGGACGACACAUUGAUGUGCUCCUUCCAGAUAUUGAAACCCGCCGACAAGCGACGAUUUGUUUAUCCCAACUUUGGCAGCUCAGGACGUCCUUUGACACCGCCGCGUGGCGCCAACAAUAAAAACAAGAAAAAAUAAACGCUGCACACCUCGAACAAAGCACAGCAACUACAAACGGCCACACACCCACAAAAACAUAGGGAAAAUGGAAAGGAGAAUCCGUGUCCACAUUCAACGGAAGGCGCAGAAAGUUUGUUUUUAUCGAAUACGUGUAAUCGAAUCGUGAGCAACGUUAUAAGGGGUAUAUGAAUCUACACAAAUUAGCCUAUUUUUCAUUUGAGAGAAAACCCAAACAAAAACAAAAAAUGAAAGCGAAAUGAAUCAAGAAAAAAGAAAACACAAA